CUCGUUCACAUUAAAAUCACACGCUUAGCUGCGAGUGUUUCUCAUUUGCGCUCAGAGAGUGAAACAUUUCGGACGCUACACAUCAAGUGCGAGCAAAAACAUAUCAAAAAGUGCCACAUAUUCAGAUAGUCAAUUCUCAAUUAAACAGAAUGGAGCAACAGAAGUCACUAUAUCCUCAGCCACAAGGGAACACAGGAGCCUAUCCUCAUCCACAGCCACCACCGUCUUAUGAACAAACGCAGCACGGAACGCCUUAUCCUGCUGAGGGAACUCCUUACGCCACAAGCAUGCCGUAUCCCAAUCAACCCAAUCAAGGAGCUCCUCAAGUAGUUCACACCAUUGUGACAAGUCCACCUGUAGGCCCAGAUCCUAGCAUGAUAGUUUGCCCUUCGUGCAGACAGCAAGUCAUCACGAAACUGGAUUAUGAAACCAGCACGAAAACACACAUUAUGGCAGCGCUUCUCUGUGCUUUUGUUUGCUGGCCUUGUGCGUGGAUUCCUUAUGUGAUGGACUCUUGCAAGAACGCCAAUCACUACUGUCCAAACUGUGGAGCUUUUAUUGGGACGUAUAAAUCUUAAUCCUGGCGUAAUCGGUAUGAUUCACAAUUGGAAACAGGGACGAUGAUGUGCUGAAAACAUCAAUUUCAUAUGAUAUGUUCAUAUUCGCGUGUUUAUUAAUAAAUUUUCCUAUAAGUUUACACAAA